ACUCUGAAUUACAUUUUCUACACUCUUCAGUAGUUCAGUCUACACUCCAGCAAUUGAGAACCCAAUUGUCUAAUAUCGUCGGCUUGCUUUCCAGGUAACAGUUUCUCAGCUUUCUUCUUCCUCCUUAAUUCACUAAUUCUGGGUUCCUGUUAUCUUCUGCUAAUUUAUCUAUCCAAAUUCAUUGUUUUUGUGUUAGAAUUAUGUAUUUGAAAGAUGGGUGUUCUUUAUUAUUGAAAGUUCAAAAACCUUCAAUCCCUUUUCUUCUCAACAAAAGGAACCCAAUUCCUAAUCUUAAACCUUACCUCGAAACCAGCAAAAACAAUCUCAACGAAAAUAUGGUUGUUAAGAAUUUGGUACAAGAACCUGAUAUUAGCUUAGCUUUGAGUUAUUUUAAGUAUAUAUCCAAUUCAAAUUCUUUUAGACACACCCCAAGAACCUACAGAAUCAUUGUUCAAAAACUUGGAAAACAUGGGGAUUUAGAUGGUGUUCAGUAUUUUUUGCAACAGAUGAAAUUAGAGGGUGUUAGUUGUUCUGAGGAUUUGUUUGUUGAUUUGAUUGGUUAUUAUAAGAACAAGGGUUUAGCUGAGCAGGCCUUGAAAAUGUUCUAUAGGAUUCGGGAUUUCGAUUGCAAGCCAACGGUUAAGAUUUAUAAUCAUUUAUUGGAUGCUUUGCUUGCUGAGAAUAGGUUUAAGAUGAUAAAUCCCCUUUAUGGUAAUAUGAAGAAGGAUGGAAUUGAGCCGAAUGUGUUUACUUAUAAUGUUCUGAUGAAAGCGUUGUGUAAAAAUGGUCGCGUUGAUGGUGCACGUAAGCUGCUUAAGGAAAUGUGUAAUAAGGGUUGUGCGCCAGAUGAUGUUAGCUAUACAACAAUCGUAUCGUCCCUUUGCAAGGAUGGGAAGGUCCAGGAAGCUAAAGAGCUUGCUGACUCUUUUUCUCCGGUUGUACCGGUUUAUAAUGCUUUGAUAAGUGGGUAUUGUCAAGAUGGAAACUUUGAGGAGGUAUUUGCUUUGUUGAAUGAAAUGUUGGCAAGAGGGUUGGAUCCUAAUGAGAUUACAUAUACAAUAGUAAUCAACGCUCUCUGCGAUACUGGGAAGGUUGUGUUGUCGAUGGCCGUUUUAGGGAAGAUGUUUUCAAGAGGAUGUGAACCCAAUAUUUAUACAUUUACUUCAUUAAUGAAGGGGUUUUUCUCCAGAGGGAGAUUACGUGAAGGUUAUGAUGUGUGGAAGAGAAUGGUAAGGGAGGGAGUUGCGCCGAAUACUGUUGCUUAUAACACUUUAAUUUGUGGUUUAUGUUUGAAUAGUUCCGUGGUUGAAGCUGUAUCUCUUCUCCACGAAAUGGAGAGAACACGUCGCAUACCGAAUGUGACAACUUAUAGUACCCUUAUAGAUGGUUUUGCAAAGUCGAAUGAUCUAAUUGGUGCAUCUGAAAUGUGGAAUCGGAUGAUAAGAAGUGGGUGCCACCCCAAUGUUGUCACAUAUACAUGCAUGGUUGAUGCCCUUUGUCGAGUUGAGAUGUUCGAUCAGGCUCAAGAUUUCAUUGAUAGUAUGAUGCGAGAAAAUUGCACUCCUAAUACUUUGACAUUUAACACAUUUAUAAGAGGAUUAUGCCAUGGUGGAAGAGUUGAUUGGUCCCUAAAGGUGUUUAAUAUAAUGCCAAGGUACAGUUGCUGUCCAGACACUACGACAUUUAAUGAGCUUUUGGAUGGUCUUUACAGGUCAAACUGCUUAGAAGAGGCUCUUGGGCUAUUUAGGGAGAUGGAAAGAAUGGAGAUUGAGUGGAAUCUAACAACGUGCAAUACAACUAUACAUGGAUUUUGCCAACUGGGCAGAUUUAGGGAGGCACUGCUGGUGGUAGGCAAAAUGUUGAGGAAAGGAAUCAAACCUGAUAUUAUUACUUACAAUACUUUGAUUAAUGCUUAUUGUCAACAUGGCAGCGUCGAAAGGGCCAUUCAACUGCUGAAUGCAAUGAAGGCAGGAGAGUGGCACCCAGACUUGGUUUCUUAUACUAGUAUCAUAUGUGGUUUCAGUAAAUGGAAUGAUACAGAUAAGGCUGUAGAGUUUCUUCAGUUGAUGAUGAAUGAAGGAUUUGUUCCAAAUAUUGCCACAUGGGAUAUGUUAGUUCGAAGUUUAUUCAGCAAUACAGGAUGUUUCUACCAAGAAUCUAUAAAUGAACUGGAUAUUGUCGCAGGAGAAUAACAUCAGAAGUCCUGUGCACUUCGUCCGCUACUCCGCUGUGUUAAGGUAUGCUGGAUUUGAGGAUCACUACCAUUUAUCAUUCAACAUGAGUAACCUCAUCUACCAACCUUACUUCUGAGAAAUGAGGUACAUUCUAUGAUCAAGGUGCCUACUUUUUGGGUCUAGCAGGUCAAAACAAUUUACGUAUAUCUGUGGGAAUCUAAACUCUCGAGGGAUAGUUGUUUUUUGCUUCUUAGAGCACACUUGCCAUUGGAGCAAAUCCUGGGGAUUGUUGUUGGCUCUGCAGAGAAUAUGUAUGUCUGGAUUGCAAUGGGUUAAAAGGUAAGCGUGUUUCUCAUUUCUCUCUUUAAUAUUACUAUGAGAAAGAGGAUCCUGGAAUAUAAUCAGUAUUCAGAUGUCCUUUCAGAAGAUUCAAUGUUUUGAGAAGGAGCUGUUAACAGAAAUUAACUGAAGCGGACAGUUUGACCUUACUCGGGCAUAUAUUCAUUCAGGGUGCAUCAUGCAAUAUUUGAUACUCAUUCUUAGAUAGGCAUGGCUGUGGGGCCGAUUGAUACUCGUUAUGCAUGCUAACACUUAUCAUGGGAUACUUGAUGUCUGAGCCUCUGAGGCACAGAAUAAUUAAGAAGAGGAAGGUUUGAUGAAGAACCAAAACUGAUCGGCGUUGUUGGAGGAAAUUGUUGAUCAGGUCAGCAAGACGAGAAUGAAGAACCAAAUUACAAAUUUUGAUUUCCAUUGUAGCCGAUGUUGGGAAGCAGCAGCGUAAGUUCUAGCCGUAGGAGAAGAGGAAAGACAUUCUAUGCAGAGCUCCCUUGUCUUGGUCAUUCGUGCAUCAUAGCAAAUGAUUUUGUUUACUUUUGUCCAUUAUAGCUUUGAUCCUAUUGAGCCAAUAUAAGUGGUCAUUUGGUUGUACAUAUGAAGUAUCUCUUCUUGUAAAGGUUUGAUUCCCAUGAGAAGGAAGACAAAUUAUUUGGUUGACCA